AUGAACAAUCUUUACACAUUUGAGGAUGAUGCUACUACUGAAGAAAGUAUGUCUGAUGAGUGUUGUAGUGAGAAUGAAAAAGAAGUCAAUCUCUUUAUGGCACUAGAAGAGUUGCAUGAUGAAUAUGUUGUUGAUGAGGAAGAGGAAGUUGAAGCUAAGGCUAUUCGAUUGAAGUUUUUUGGUUUCGUUGGAGUUUUGAGAGAUUUUGCUGCCAUGGAUCAUCCUUUCUUUGGAGGGUGCUGUGGUCGAAUCCCCGAAAGGCGAUCUCAUCAAAGGCGCCCAAAUCCUUACGCUACAACUUCGUACGCCACUCCAGUAAAAUCUGAGAGCGCGUCUACGAAAGUCGUCACAAUUCCAGUCAAUUUCGUCGAUUCUAAGACAUCCAAAUCCAAAAAGGCGCCCGCCAUGGACGAAAAUACAGCGGCUGUAAAAAUUCAGGCGGCUUUCCUAGGGUUUUGUGUGAGGAAGUCGAGGCCUGUGAACAAAUUGAGGGUUAUAAUGAAAACUAAGGCAGAGGCUACAGAAAUUCGGAGGCGUCUGAAUGACAAACAUGUUGUGGAGUUGAUUCGACGAGAUGAGAAGGAGCGGAUGAAAAUGACGGAGUGGAUCAUGUCUCUAUUGCUCAGGCUCGAUGAAAUUCAGGGAGUGAUUCCUUUUGUGCGGGAAUCAAGAAAGGCUUUGAUUCGUGAGCUGAUUAACUUGGAAGAGACUGUAGAUGGCAUAAUUGCGGCCAGAUCCAGACAAUAUGCUGCUACAGAAGAAAAAACAGAGGAGACUUUGCCUUCUGAAAUGCAAGAUUUGCAAAUUGAGGGUUUCCCUGAAGAAGACAAUAAUAAUAAAGCUGAAGUUGAAAACUUUGAACAGGGCUCUUCUGAAGCAGGACAAAUUGUGUCUGGAACUGAGGAAUUCGCAGAGGUUGAUAAAGAUGCAGAGAUUUUGAAAAGAAACAAAGUUGAAAGCAUAGUGUUGGAGGCUGAUGCAUCACCUACAAUCCCUUGCACAGAGGAAGGUUUCAAAAUAGGAAAUUUAAGGGAUGAUGAAAAUUCUUCUAAAUCUCUGAAAUUGAUGGAGGUUUAUGCAUCACCUGCAAUCCCUUGGACAGAGGAAGUUGUUGUAGGAAAUCCAAGGGAUGAUGAAAAUUCUUCUGAAUCUCAGACUAUCCAGCCUGAUAUGAAGCUAGAAAGUGCAGAGUUAAUGGAGUGUGAAGAAGCUGGGAAUAAGAUGCGAGAGAAAGUAAAGCUCAUUGAAGAUAUUGGCAUGGCAAGAGAAGAGAAUGAGAAAUUAAAAAGGACUGUAUAUGAUCUCCUGAAGAAAAGUGAGAAACAAAGUGAGAUGAUUCAUGAUCUGAGUCUGCGGAUUUUACAGUUGGAAGAGCAUGUAUCUCAGUGCAACAAAACGAAAAAAGUUGGGGAUGGAACGGAGCAAAUCAACAAAAUACAUUAG